CCGCCGCCCCCCGGGCCGCCGCUCCGCUCGCAGACAUGCCCCGCACGCUGCUGCUGCUCUGCCUGGCCCUCGGGCCGCUCCUGCGCGCCAGGUGUGAGAGCACAGAGGAAUACGAUUACGAUUACCUCAGCAUCAAUAAAACCUGGGUCCUCACCCCCAAGACACAGGAGACUGAUGCCACACAGAUCCUCAACUCGCUGCUCAAGAACUAUGACAACAAGCUGAGGCCUGACAUUGGCAUCAAGCCCACGUUCAUCGAUGUGGAUAUCUACGUGAACAGCAUCGGGCCCGUGUCUGUCAUCCAGAUGGAAUACACCAUUGACAUCUUGUUUGCCCAGACGUGGUACGACCGGCGCCUGCGGUUCAACAGCACCCUGAAGGCGCUGACGCUGAACACCAACAUGGUGAGCCGCAUCUGGAUCCCUGACACCUUCUUCAGGAACUCCAAACGGGCUGAUUCCCACUGGAUAACCACUCCCAAUCAGCUGCUCCGCAUCUGGAAUGAUGGAAAAGUGCUCUACACGCUCAGGCUGACAAUCGAGGCUGAAUGUCUGCUCCAGCUGCAGAAUUUCCCAAUGGACACUCACUCCUGCCCUUUGGUUUUUUCCAGUUAUGGAUACCCCCGGGAGGAGAUUGUCUAUCGCUGGAGGCGCUACUCCAUCGAGGUGUCCGACCAGCGCACCUGGAGGCUCUACCAGUUCGACUUCACAGGGCUGAGGAACACCUCAGAAGUCCUCAGGACUGGGGCAGGGGAGUACAUGGUGAUGACAGUUUCUUUUGACCUAAGCAGACGUAUGGGUUACUUUGCCAUUCAGACCUACAUCCCCUGCAUCCUGACUGUUGUUCUUUCCUGGGUUUCCUUCUGGAUCAAGAGAGACUCUACACCAGCCAGGACAUCUCUGGGUAUCACGACUGUGCUCACCAUGACCACCCUGAGCACCAUCUCCCGCAAGCACCUGCCCCGUGUUUCCUACAUCACAGCCAUGGACCUCUUUGUCUCUGUGUGCUUCAUCUUCGUCUUUGCUGCUCUCAUGGAGUACGCCACGCUCAACUACCUGGUGGGAAACAAGAAACCACUGGAGCACAGCCACAGGAAAGCCAGGCUGCCCCCUGCCGGUGCACAGGUGAUGCCAACCUUCACCGCCAUCAACAUCAACCACAUCAUGCACUGGCCCCCGGAGAUGGAGGAGGAUGAGGAUGAUGACCCUGGCUCCCCGUGCCUGGAGGGGAAGGAGUGUGAGAGGUUCUUUUGCUGCAUCGAGGACUGCCAGACGGGGAUGUGGCGGGAGGGGCGGGUGCGCAUCCACAUAUCCCGCCUGGACUCCUACUCCCGCGUCUUCUUCCCCACCGCCUUCCUGCUCUUCAACAUCGUCUACUGGAUUGCCUAUCUCUAUCUCUAGCCCUUCUCUGGCUCAGCUGGGAUGGACUGGGCACCAGCAAGAGGGGCUUCUCAAGGAGCACAGAGAACAGCGUCUCUCCCCUGCUGUAGUCAGCUGUCAGUCUGAACGACCCGACCUGGUGAUUCCCUCUUCCUGCUCUCUCAUCUCUUCUGAGAAGAACCAAACAGCUUUUUUUUUAGCCUUCUAACAUAUCUUUUUAGAGAAUCUACCCUUCCCCAGACAACCCUCUCUCCAGCACCACCAGCAUUGUACUCCCUGUAAGAUUACUCAAAAACAUCCUAUUCCCAUCUCAAGCAUAAGGGAUUUUGUCAAAAACAAAAACCUUAAUGCAUUUCAUUUUUCCGUCCAAUCCUACUCCGAAAAUUUCAAGAGAAGUGAUGGCAAAUGGAGUUUUCUGCAAAGGAAAUAAAAUACAUCUUGCUACUUCUGCACCACUUCCAGCAGAACAGACGUUGUGGGGUGCUAGAAGCUCGAAAGGUCAGAAGGAAAUAGUGUGGAAAAGGACAGCAGUGCAGCUUUCCCACAGUAGCUGGGCUUGGCUGAAACGUUUUGGCCUGCCCAGACAUCUGAUGGUGGCACUGAUGAGGAUGGGUUGCUGCAAGCCUCCCCCAGCUCCCCGCAGAGUAUCUCUGAAGCAUUCCUCAUGGAUCACUCCAGGACACCCACCCACUGAGGCACUGCUGGUUCUCAUCAGACAGUGAUGAAAAGCACUUCACAAGCUGCAAAGUUGCUCCACCUGCCUUGGAGCAGACUCUUCAUGGCCCAGGGUGACGUUUCUGCUGCGUGACCAGGACUCAGAGCAGGCUCUGCAGUUGGGCAUAGCCAAAAGAGGGAGGAAAUCUUUGUGAGAAAGGCCAGAAGAAGCUCCUGAGCCCGUUGUGAGGUGGUUUUCUGUGUCACAUGGGCUGUGAAUCACAGAGGGGCAGUACUGUGGUGACACUUGGUGAUGCCAUCAGAUCUGUGCUGGGUAGUCCGUGCCAAGCUGAGGAAGGGGUAUAGGAAUGGGAACACACAGCCACCAGUGCAUUCCUGCAGCUCAGAUGUGUUCCCUGCUUUAUUUCUUUCAUAACUGCAUAAAACAAGAGUUUUCACUGUGACUGGAUGACCCCUCCCAGUUGCCAUCAUCACUUGGCCUGUUUCCUCACAAAAUCAGGAAAUGGAGUGAGUUGUCCUUGAUGGAUUUUAAGGACAGAUAUAGUGAGGUGGUCCCAUCUUAAAGAGAUGGAGAGAUGCAUAACACACUUUCAGCUGGGGAGAAACUGCACAGUAAAGAAGAGGAAAGUCAGGCCCAAGGUCCAUAAUGUGUCACCUGGCUGCCUCCCCAUUUAAACCAGCUGCUGAUGUGGCCCACAGCAUGACUAUGAAAAGCAGUGGGCUGUUAAUAGUUACUUACUGUGUAAAUUAGAAACAAAAAAAAGAUCUUUUUUUAAAAAAACAGCAUGUUUUAGAAAAAAAAUAGAAUUUAGAAGGCUUGUCAGGAGAAGAAAACUGGCAUGUCUGCAGAGGAAAAAGUUAGGAGAGUCUGGCUCACAGGACAGCUAACAGGGGCAGGAGGUUUUACAUAUUCUUGGAGAGCAAUUUGAUCUGGUUUAAAGAUGGAUUCUGACACUGUUAAAUCUGAUCUGAAUUAAGAAGUGUCAUGUUUAAUUCAUUCACAAAUGCAGCCUUACCUGGGUUCCAGAUGAACAGCUAGAGCAUCUUAUUAAGUAUACAAUAGUACAACACUCAGCUAAGUAUAACCUAAUGGGGUCAGACCAGCAGAGCUCUGAAAGGGGAAAUUGUGCCUGUCUAACCUGCUACAGUUCUUUUAAAAUACCAAGUAAGAGAUAAAGGUUACUCAGAAGCAUAAUUUGCUUAGCUACUCCGACAGCUUUUGAAAGGGAGGAAAGGAAUUGUGGCGGGCGGUUCUAACUGAGGAAAUUGAUUUAGCAAAAGAAUUAUUAAGGAGGUUCUAAUUAGAGGAAAUUAACUGAGGAGAGGGGGAAAAAAAAGAAUUGUUAAGGAGGCUCUAAUUAGAGGAAAUUAAUGUUUUAGAGAGAAAGACACAGAGAGGGAGAAGUCUAAGAAAAGAAUCAAAACAACUUGCAGACAAGGGAAGCUGCUGGGUGACAGUGCCGACUCCCAGCCAAGCUGGUUGAUGUUCUGCUCCCAGUAGCAAAGCGUUAUUAGAUGCAGCAACAGAAAAACCUCCUAUGAGUCAGCCCUACACCGACAGGGAGCUGGAUUAAGCAGGGUCCUGUGAUCUCUGUGGCGAGCCAAAAGGAAAGAGCAUCCUAGAUUAAAACUGGCGCACACCAGACUGGGAGUGAAGCACGUCCUCACAUUUGGGAAGGCAGCUGUCGGGGGGUGCGUGGGAGGGACGCCCCGGUGGCAAACCAGGGUCUGUGCCAGAGAUCUCCUCGACAGGAGGGUGGCUUGAAAGGUGUGCAGGCAGUGGAGGCUGCACCGAAGGCAGGCAGCGAGAUGUGGAAGGGGAGCAGCUGAGAAAAGGAGGGUGGAAGGCGAACAUGAACAGCCCAGUGCAGUGGAGCCUGAGGAGAUGCAAUUUGCUGUAGUUUCAAAGCUCUUGGUGAACACAUAUGAUUAUCAUGGGCACUGGAGAACAGACUUCAGCCCUGAGAGCAGCAACUUGUUGGAAUGAGACCUUUUACAAAAUCAGCCAGGAGAGAAACGGGGUGUACAAAAACCUAGGAGGAUGGCAGGGACUCGGACAAAGUAGACUUGAAAGAUUGUAAGAUUUCACCAAAAAAAGAUAAAGCCAACACACACCCAGGUAAUUUAACCAAUGAUGGAGGAUUUGACAGAGGAAAAUAGUCUAGCGUGGGCUGGAGCACAAGGAAGCUGAUUACUAAGGCUGGGGAAGGAGGAGGGAGGGGGCUUUUUGGCUUAGGGAAAUCUGUGCCCAUCAUCCAUAGCACAAUAAAUAAAGGCAUGCACAAAUUCAA